AUUUGCCAAUCUCUACUUCAAACCUCCAUAUUCUUCCACUUUCUCUCUCCUCAUUACUGUUCUCAAAGAAAAUGGGUACUAUCUCUCUUCCCCAUGCUUUUUCUCUCUCUUUUCUAGUGCUAACAUUAGCUAGUUGUUUCACUACUACUACUUCUGAUGACCUGCAUGCCGUCUCUCACUCUGUUCCUUACUCCGCCUCUUCUCCAGCCCCUGCUCCCGGCCCCUCCCACCACCAUCACCACCACCACAUCCACCAUCACAACCACUCUCUGUCUCCUUCCCCUGCACCCGCCCCCUCCUACCACCACAACCACUCUCUGUCUCCUUCCCCCGCACCCGCCCCCUCCCACCACCACAACCACUCUCUGUCUCCUUCCCCAGCUCCCUCCCACCACCAUCACAGCCAUCACCACAACCAUUCUAUUUCUCCUUCCCCUGCUUACCACCCUUCCAAGCCUCCUACUUCACUCCCUAAACCACCCGCUCAUUCACCAGUUAAGUCACCGUCUCAUUCACCAGUUAAGCCACCGUCUCAUUCACCAGCAAAGCCGCCUUCUUACUCUCCUGUGAAGCCACCAACUAAGGCUCCAGCUCCCUACAGUUUGCCUCCGAGGAAGCUGGUGGCGGUUCAGGGUGUUGUUUACUGCAAGAACUGUUCUUAUUCUGGUGUUGAUACUCUCUUGGGCGCCUCUCCUCUUUCUGGAGCAACAGUGGAGUUAAGGUGUACGAACACAAAGUACCUGAUAAAGAAGGCAUCAACGACGGACAAGAACGGAUAUUUCUUUCUUGAAGCCCCAAAAUACAUAACCACAUACGGGUCCCACAAAUGCAAGGUGUUCCUGAUAAAUAGGCCCAACUCCAAGAACAGUGGGCCAUGCUCCCAUGCAACCAAUCUAAACGGAGGAGUUUCAGGAGCUUUUCUAUUCCUUGACAAAAAGAUGGCCCCACCUACAAAGCCUCAGCCAUUUACAGUCUUCAAAGUGGGUCCCUUUGCGUAUGAGCCUUCCAAGUGUUACAAACACUAAGAAACAAAGAUUAGUAAAAUUAAAACAAAAAAGUAUUUGGAAAAGUGAAAAUGAUUUAGUUCCCCAUGCUUUGGUGUGGUUUGUCAAUUAAGUUUGAAUGUGUUUGUGUUUGUGUUUGUUUGGUUCAUGUGUUAUUGGGAAAAGUGAUUGAAAGAGAAAAGAGAGAGAUAUGAGUAUGCAGGAAGUUCAAUUUAUGUCAGUAAUUCAGUAAUCAGUAUGGUGUAAUGUCUUUUUACUUGGUACAAUAAUCUAUGGUAAAGAUUAUUCAAUUCAUUAUUAUUA